GUCGGAUGCUAGGUAGGCUGGUAGGCCAGCUUCUAGUCAGGGUAGACUCGAUUCACUUAACACUCUAACGACAUCAAUCUAGCCUUUCUAUUCAGUAUCUAUAUAACAGACAAUCAUCUCUUUGGUGUAGAUACAAUGCGUUGGUUAAGGAAGCUUGAGUGACAAAGCACAAUGCUUUGUUAUGACACCUUCAUGGUUCACAAUGCUAACAAUCAUGCCUUAAUAGUCCAGUUGGUGACGAAAGAAAGGAGUCAAAGAAACGCCGAUUCACUCAUCCCAUCUUUCUACCAAACAAAACCACGCCGCCAUUAAUGACUUGAAGUCUAUUCCCAUGGCGCGCCACCGCUUGACUCUAAAGCUGUUUUGACUUUUCACUACUUGCCUAUUUAUGUCACUAGUUACUGACGCCAUAAUUCGGUAUUGAUGAACGCAUAGCAUAUUCAUUCCUUACAGCAUAGCGACUUUUUAUAAUCUAUUUUAAUACUUGAUAUUUAAUACUUAAUACUUCAUUCUUAUAACUAUUGCAUAGAAAUCCUACUAACCUAGGUAAUACGAAGGAAGAUACCCGUCACUGAAAGGAUCACGGAAUAAGGAGCAAAUGGUACACGAAAAUCGUCGCCACCGAAGCGCGGGCUCGGCCCGUAAAAGUAGCUUUACUACCAGCCUGAGGCGCAAUAGCAGCGGUAGUUUUAUUUCAAGGGUCUUAGGGAGUUUUCGACAUAAGCAUCAUGAGGAGAAGGGGAAGAAGACGUCAGCGCAAGAGACGGGGGAGCAGCAGGAUUGGAUAGCCAACUACAGAGGCACACAUCACCCCGACCGACCGCGUGUCGACAAACGCACUCAGGAGAUGGUAUCCGAUGAAGAGUACGCCGCGCGGCUCGGCUGGAUACGGGGGAAGAGCCAGGGGCAUUGCGAACCGAGCGAUCACAAUAGGCCGUCGCAGGCCCCUGUGCCUAAUUUCAGUUAUUCGUCGACGAGCCCGAGGAGUAAUAGGAUGAGCUCCAUGUCCCCCACGUUCGCUGAGACGGGGCAACCAUCUCGCGACUGGGCACCAUCCAAGGAGGCCGCUACUACGGACCCGACCCUGGUCUCUCCAGUAUUGCCUGGCGUUGGGGCGAUACGAACAUACAACGCGAGUAGCUUAGACCGAGGCCCUAUUAUCCGGUAUAGCGAGGGGUCCGAGAAACGGGCACCUCCACCGCCAAGGAAAAUAUCUGCUACCAGUCAGCAUUCCAAGAGGCGUGGCUCACGGGGUUCAAUGCUCGGGGGGAAGAGAACCGAGACUGAUGUCGAGAUAACCAAUCUGCCGAACCGCAAGACCAAGACGCCGAUGUACAACGGCUAUCCUAUCAGCGAACACGCACCCGGCCUCAUCCUAAACUCCUCACCAACUUCACCCGCAGCACCACUAACAUGUCCCUGGCGCGGCUGCUACGCCGUUCUUAGCACAGCACAAGAGAAAGAGGAUAACCUCUGUACCACAUGCCGUGAGGCCCUAUUUCCUCGAGAAAGCGCAUUCUUCGGCCCGUCUCCGACCGUCAUUCAGAACACCCAUCUCAAGACGCUACAAGCUCUCACCGGCUCUCCUAACACUACUAACGAGCACGGCCAAACCCGCACCGAGCGUUCCAGCGCUAGGAGUUUUAAGCUACUCCCGGCGCCGCGGGGUAAGAGGCGACAUAUUAUCGAAGCGCGGAGGAUGGCUAGUAACGAGGGUGAUAAUGAUGAUGGGCAUGGGGAUAGUAGCAGUGACAGCGAGAAGGAAAGCGGUAACGAAACAGACGGAUCGGCCUGGAGCACGUUCUCGCCGGACAGCAACCAACAGGCAAGCCUCGGAAUCCAAGACGCCAGCCCGUUUUCUCCGCUGCACGAGGGGAUUUUCGGAACCAGUCCUAGGUCUUUAGGCAUUAGAUUCAACGGGGGAAUUGAACACGGCGAUAAUCACACGUACGAGAACGGCGGCAGAGAAGAAGUAGAAGAGUCCCUUUCCCCACACACCAAGCCCCCCAGCGACAAAUCCUGGACAACAGACUUGCAGUCCACCUCCAGCAGCAGCGGCGACGAGCUCGCGUCCCCAUACUCGGAUGUCGAUAUGGAAACAGCGUUGCGAGACCUGUACCCGCCUCCGCUAAUCGCCCGCAUCCAAAGCGGCGAGCGGGUCUCCCAGCCGCAGCGUCCAAGCAACGUCUACCGCUCUAGGGACACGCUGCUGUACCGGGAGAUCGAGGAUAUAAUCGACUGCUACGCAUACCCCGAGGAGACGAAGACGAAGACGAAGACGGGGCCGGGACCGGAUAUAGCGGAGCAGGAGCAGGAGCAGGAGCGCCACAAGGCCGAUGCUGCUGCUACGUACUUUGCGGACGAGUCGGAGGCGGAGAUGAGGAGGAGCGGGUUUAUCUAGGGACAUCUAGUUAGGGCAGGUCACCUCGAGUUAGAUGUGGUUGAGUUAGGUUAGGUACCUAGGUAGGCAUAUCAUGUAUAAAGGAAACGACUUAUGAAUUAACAACAUGAAGCAACUCU